UAAAAAAGCCCCUUUUGACUUUCAUUAUUUUUCUGAAAUAUUCAUUCAACAAAAAACAUAGAGACAGACCCCCAUUUUGAAAAUUAGUUGAGGAUUAAAGGGUUUGGUUUCUCGUCUUGUUGCAUUUAUUUCAAUCAUCAUCACAAUUCACAAUCCAUCGGCUCACCUAACUAACUAACUCAGCAAACGCCAUUCUUCUAAGUUCAAUUACCCUGAAAGAUAUCACCUUUGGAUUAUAUGAGGUCACGAGGUGAACCAGAUGUUCGAUCAGAUGCUGGCUCUUCAAGAAGCCAAGAGAGUCUCAAGGGGAAGAAGAAGCAAUCUACAAACGGGUCUCAAAGAUCUGGCAAAAGCCAAGACCUUGGUUCAGAUUCUCCCUCUAAGAACAUCCCUAUUGAGUACUCAGAGCAAGAGCGAGCCGAGCUUCUUAAACGGUUAGAUUCCAUCAAAGAUCAUCUCAUUCGUGGUGGUGGUAGUGGUGGUGCAGUUAACGAGAAUCAUCAAUUCCUCAGACCAAUCCAUGUCCAUAGUCCUAGUCCUAGUCCUAGUCCUGGACCUUCUUAUUACCACCACCAUCCUUAUCCUUACCCUCCUCAACCUUAUCAUCAUCAUCAACAAGACCCUUAUGGAAGACCACCUCCAUUUCAAGGUUAUCCUCCCCCUGGAGGUGGUCAAUAUGUUGACCCACAUUCAUAUUAUCCACCUACUCCUAGUAGGUACGGUGAUAUGAUACCUCCCUACAGCCCUGCUUCUUCUCACCAGAGACUCACAACGCCUUACAACCACAGUCCUAGUUUUCCUUCUUCCAUGAGCUCUCCAGCUCCUCCUCGAGGUGGUGGUGGUGGUGGUGGUUACGCUAGGUGGCCUAGUGAUCUUGAUUCUGAGAUGGGCGGUGGUGCUUUUGCUCGUGGGUAUGUUAAGAAAGCUGUUUCUGAUAGCGAUGAUGCUCGUCGUUGUUGCCAUCCUCUUGCUGGUGGUGCUCCUUUUAUAGCUUGUCCUAGUUGCUUUGAGCUCUUGUACUUGCCUAAGAAGAAGAAGCUUUUGUCUCCGGAGAGGCACCAUAAGCUUCAGUGUGGUGCUUGCUCUCAAGUCACUAGUUUCAGAAUCAUCGAUAAGAAACUCGUUUUCACUUCUGGUAAUGAAGGAACAACAGAGACAGUUGUUGGAGAAGAACCUGUACAAGAAGUAAAGAAUCAAGGGGACACCAUCAGGUCUGAAUCUCAACACUCAGAUGAUGAUGAAGAAAGAUCGAGUGUUUCUUGUGAACAACAACAGAAAGAGGUUAAAUCUGUUCGUAGACGAGUUAGAGGCUCAGAACCUGCUGCUCCUGAGAGUGCAAGUCUUCUUGAACUCUUUGAGCAUUCUAAUGUAAACAGAGCUGCAUUCGCUUAUGGGAUGGCAGAGUUAGGUUAUCACAAGCCUGAUAAGGAAGAGUUUUUCAAGAAACAAGACUCGGUAAAGCCUCCUGAAUCAGUAGUGGCUACAGAGACAGAGGUUUCUUACAAUGGAUACUCUAACACAACCGACAUCUCUGAAGAUUCAAACGGAAGAGAAGACAAGAACAGAACAGAAGAUGGAGGGAAGUCAAUAGAAGUGUGGGUCAAUGGACAUCUUAUACCAGAAGAGCUAGUUAGCAGUGCUGAGAAACUAGCUGGACCAAUCCAAGCUGGAAAGUAUUGGUAUGACUACCGAGCUGGGUUCUGGGGUGUAAUGGGCAAACCGUGUCUUGGUAUAAUACCUCCAUUUAUUGAGGAGUUUAGCCAUCCAAUGCCGGAUAGGUGCGCUGCAGGAAACACGGAAGUGUAUGUGAACGGAAGAGAGCUUCACAAGAGAGACUUGGAAUUACUAGUGGGUCGUGGUCUUCCUCGAGACAAGAACCGUUCUUACAUUCUUGAUAUCUCAGGAAGAAUCCUUGAUGGAGACUCAGGGGAAGAACUUAAAAGCCUUGGCAGAUUAGCCCCAACGAUUGAGAAGACGAAGCAUGGGUUUGGUAUGAGAGUUCCAAGAUCAUUAGCUUCAUGAAAAGUGAAACAACACAACCAAAUGAUGCUGAUAAUGCGCUUUCAGUCUUCAUGUUAUUUGUUUGUUUUGAUAAAUGUAAAGUGUGCUUUUUACUCAUCAGAUGGGUUAGAAUUUGAUUUCAUCCUUUUUAUUGGGUUAAAACUUGAUUCAGUUCUCUUUUUUUUUCUUUCGUCAGUAUACAGGAUGGGUUGGGGUGUUAUGAUUGUAUAUGAACCGGGUAAUGCCGGUACAAGGUUUGUUAUGUUUCUUCUUCUUUCAAGCAGACGAAACCGGUUUGUGAUUACCGGUGGAAAUUGGUUAUAGAUUUUGUGGAAUGAAAUAGUUUGGCCACCAACUUUAUGUCUUUAAUGUAUUGGAUGACGGCCAACAACGACUUGUACGGCUGUACCAUAUCUUA